GCUAUAAUCCUUGGACGUGGCUGCACCGGUUUGUCAAGACAACCGGACUCUGUGAUGCGUCAUCAGCCAGCGACCGGUGGGGGGGGGCUCUAGAGACCGGCGAAGGAAGUAACGUAAAAAGGGAGCGCCUCCGGGGACGCGAGCCCGGCGUAAGUUGAGCCUAUGGCCCCUCGGCGCCUCCUGUUGGUUGGGGAGGGGAAUUUCUCCUUCGCCGUUGCUCUGAACCAGACCCUGGAUCCCCGCACUAGUCUAACUGCCACCUGCCUCCAGCGCCCGGCCGACUUAGCCCAAGAUCCGGUGGCCCAGGAGAAUCUGCAGCGCCUGCGCGAGCGAGGUGCCGAGAUACGUUUUGGUGUGGACUGCACACAGCUGGUGGAUGCCUUUGAACUGCAAGACCGAGAGUUUGAUCGAAUUUAUUUUAACUUUCCGCACUGUGGACGCAAAGCUGGAGUAGCUAAGAACAGGGAACUGCUUGCCAAGUUUUUCCAGAGCUGUGCAGAUGUUCUUGCAGAGGAAGGAGAAGUCCAUGUGGCAUUGUGUAAAGGACAAGGUGGGACUCCUGCUGAUAAGCCUAUGAGAGAAUGGCACAACAGUUGGCAAGUGGUUGCCAUGGCAGCUCUGGGGGGAUUCAUUUUAAGUGAUGUGCAUCCUUUCAGCUGUGAGGCUGUGCCAGGAUACAAGUGCACUGGAUACAGGAGUCAAGAUAAAUCCUUUCAUGUAGAAGGCGCUUUGAACCAUAUCUUCACACGGAGCUUAGCCUUUGAAGAUUUGCAGCCAAGAAUCUCCAGGAUCAAACUGAGUGACCAAUGGUUUUCUUUUCUAGAACCAGAAGUACUUGCAGGAAAACUGAACAGGGGUUUCCUAGAAGCACCUUCAUGUCAUCCUGUCAAAACCAUAAAUGAGAAGCUCAUCGGUGAAUUGGGGAAGGCUUUCCCUCUAAAAAGACUGACGUGUCCCUCCCCUUUGCUGCCACAGGGAGGCACCAGUGUUCUCACUGUUGGCAACUGUGACGUCCUAUUAUCAUCUGCCUUUUGGAUUAGUCUCUGUGAAGAUAACUCAUAUUCUGAGUUCCUGACUGGUGGGACAACACAGGACACAGAGGACUUUCUAGUGUCAUUUUCAGAACUCAGCCUUCCCAGGUGCCCUGGAAGAGACAGUAAAGAAGCAGCUCAAGAAGGAAUGUAUGACCAGGCCAAGAUCUGCCUCAGACCUUCUCUUCUUGUUCAUGUUCAGGUUGUAAUCCAAGCACCAGACUUCCUCCCAGGUUCUCUGCACAUCCUCAGUGGACCUGUCUUUCAGAAGUGCCUCAUCUCACCCUUCACAAUGCCAGCAUUUCACGAGACUUUAUUUAUUCUUGGAUUUGAUAAAAAUCUGAAGGAUGGCUGUCUCCAGUCACUACUGGAUCACUUGAACGGCAUUCUAAAUAGCCUCCUGAACCAGACAUUGCUGGAGGGCUCUGAGCUGAGUAGUUCAGUGGAAUUUGUCUUUGAACCAAAUGGGAAAGAUUAUAUGGUUAAUGUGAAGUCUCAUAAUUUUGGGUCAGAUUGUAUUAAGGAUCUGAUUAUUGGGUCUGUUACCACAUCUGCUACAAGCAUCAUACACAAAGACCUGUGUUUUGUGUGUGUGUCUGUGAACUUGGACCUAUUAGCCAUGCUUGUCUGGGGCAUCUCUGAUUGGAGGAUGUUGUGGACUUUUGAUAACCGUUUCCUGAAGAAUUUUUCCCCUGGGAAGAUAGCACCUUUUAAAAGCUAUUCCCUCUAUCCUCCAUACUAUGUGCAUGAUAUUAGUUUUUGGUUAGAUGAAAAGAAAAGUUUUGAUGAAGUAGAGUUUCACACUGUGGCUCGAGCAGUGUCCCAGGACACUGUCAUAUCCAUACAAUUCCUUAGUCGUUUCCAGCAUCCAAAGACUGAGCAGGUCAGUCUCUGCUAUAGAUUGACCUACCAGACCUGUGACAAGGCCCUCACCCAGCAGCAGGUAGCAUCAAUGCAGUCCCAGCUUAGGAAGGCGAUUCAACAACAACUACAUGUGACACCUCGGUAGUUCAGUAAAUUCAUCUCUACAGAGUGGUCCUUAUGGGUGUGGGUGUGGAUGAAAAAGACCAAUUUGCAACUGGGAGUUUUUGUCUAGACCUUUUGCUUUUGUAAAAAUCUUUUAUUCUAUGAUAAUAGCAAUUGUUGGUUGAUUCUAAAGAUCCCUGUGACUCGAUUGCUUAGACUGUAAUGUGAUUGGCAGCCUUUGGAGUUGUGCAGUAUUUUGAUCAUGAGUAAUGACUAGGAGAACAAAACAGCAUCUGUAUAAGCUAGAGGCUGUAAUGCUGAAGAGGCAGUAGAACCUGAGUAUCUCAUUAAGUAUAUUUAUAAAUAUAUUUUCCACAUUGUUAAUUCUUCUUCCCUUAUCUCUAUAAUAUCAUCUCUCUAAGUCAAUUGAGAGUGGUUUUUAGAGUCAGAUAGACCAGCAUUUAUUAGCCUAGGUAAAUGGCAAAUGCUCCACAUUAUUGGUGAUCAUUGUCAUCAUGUUUAUUCUGUGGUUGGUUGACUGCCGUUACAGUCAUAGAAUGAAUAAGAGUUCACACUUGGGUCUGUUUAACUCUAAAGCCCAUGUUCUUUGUCCCACUUUCUGUCAAUUAUCCUUCCUUAGUUUUCUUCAACAGUAACCUCUCAAUUGUGAUUAACUCUAAACUUUCACCCCCUAGAUUUUGGGGCUUUCUGUUGUAAGCAUCCCUAAGGGACAGUUGGAGAUUGGCUCAGCCUAGGACUCUGCAGAAUGGAAUGCUCCAAUGCGAGUGAAUGUAUGUUUCUGUUAAUCAUUAGGCUCCACCGAUUGUAAUUAUAUUGUAAACCCGGUGAAGGAAAUAACUUUCUUAUUUAUUCUUGUAUUUGGAGAGAAGCAUGUGGAAAGGCAAGAAUGGAAGCAAACAAAUUAAGAGGUUGUUAGAGUUUCCGCUGUGGUGCAAUGGGAUCUUUGGCGUCUUGGGAGUGCUGGGACACAGGUUUGAUCCUCAGCCAGGCACAGUGGGUUAAGGAUCUGGUGUUGCCGUAAUUUCGGCAGAGAUCUGAUCCCUGGCCUGGGAACUCCAUGUGCCAUGAGGCAGCCAAAAAAGAAGCAAGCACUCAAUAAAUUAAAAAAGGAACGAAACAAAUUAAGAGGUUAUUAUAAUCAUGCAAACAAGAUAUGAUGGUAGCCUGGAUGAGGAUGGUAAGAAGUUGUUGGACUGGGUAAUAAUUAGAAGGACUUGCUGAUGAAUUAAAAAUAUGUGCAUGCAUGAAUGUUCUGGAAUUAGAGAAUUAGAAGAAUUGAGCAGGAUCCCUAGGUUUUGACUCAGGCAACUGGGAGAAUAGAAAUGUCUUUAACUGGACUAGAAAAACUGGCAUAAGAGUAAGUGGGGAGUGAAGACUCAAGGAAUGUUUUAUCAACACAUGUAUUACUUAGCUGUCCACAUGCACUGUAAGCUAAUUCAGGGCAAGUAAUGUGAUUUAUAGCUUUCUUCCAACCCCAGUGGUGCUUGGUACAUGUGAAACCAAGCAGAAACCUUUGGGGCCUUCUUGGGGACAGAGCCUGUACCCUCCCCUCCCCCCACCCCACCCCUGCUGCCCAGGUCUCCUCCCUCUUGUUUUUAAGAAGGCUUUUUUCCCUAGACCUUCCCUAAGUUCCAAAGAGCAGCAUUUAAUCAAAGAAGUGAGAAAAUGAAGAAACAAAGGAAAACAGUCAAGCAUGACAAAAUGAUAGGUGAGCCAUAAAGUCAAAGGCCUUUAAUCUUCCUCAAGGGCUAUAGAUAAUAUUCUGAGCCAUAUCCUUGAGUUGUUUUAUAGAUACUAAACCCCACCAGGUGGAAGAAAUUAACUGUAUGCUGACCAUUGUAGAUCCCAGACUGGUUGGAACAAGAAGGUUGGGGAUAUUGACUACUAAAAUGCCGCUCUGUUACCUCGCUACCAACCAGUCAAGGAUGGCUGUGAGCUCAUCCUGCACCUCUGGACAGUUUCCCUCACCUUGACUUUACAAAGCUUUCCCUGAAAAUCUUCAAGGAGUUCAGGUUUUUUGAAUGUGAGUUACCCAUUCUCCUUGCAAUAAAUGCUUUAUUUCAUUU